UUUAUCAAAUUAUCCGUCAAGAACAAUGAACGGCACAGCAGUAUCUAUACCAUUAGCCUAGCGACCAAACUUAUAUUUCAAAGUGUUUGUGCCACGCAUACAUUGUUGCCACGUCAAAAACACGCCCCCGUACACAACCCUUCCACAUCCACCGUUGUACUGAGGCAGAUGUCUACACUGCUGCUGAGAACGCUGUACUACGCAACAAGAAUUGACGGUUUCUUUGGAUCAAAUUACGAGUUUUUUCGCCGAAACAGACAUCCUUCAUUGAUAGAAAUUGAUAAUCAUGGUUAUCGGAAAGGUUGAGAAUAAUCUUCAUUGGGCCGACUGGUUUAUCAUCGUUUUCUAUUUUUUGUUUACUGUUGGUGUUGGAUUAUUUGCGAAGUUCCGUAAAAGUAAAAGUGACACGACAGCCGAAAGUUACUUUCUGGCCGGUCGUUCUUUGACAUGGUGGAUGGUUGGUGGAUCAUUGUUUGCCAGUAACAUGGGUGGAGCACAUUUUAUUGGAAUAUCAGGUGAUGCAGCAGCUACGGGAAUUGCUGUUGUAUCGUAUGAAUGGCAGGCAUCGUGGAUCCUGUUACUUUUGGGUUACGUUUUUGUUCCAGUAUAUUUAAAAGGAGGGAUCUUCACAAUGCCGGAGUAUUUAGAAAAACGUUACAAAAGUCCAACACUCCGUGGAAUUUUAACAUUCACUUCUCUCGUGAGUUACAUCUUCACAAAGAUAUCGGUUGAUUUAUAUGCCGGAAGUUUGUAUUUCAAAGAAGCUACAGGAAUGAGUAUCUACAUCUCUUCAAUAUUGGUUCUUUUGAUCACAGCAUUAUACGUCAUCUUAGGUGGUCUUGAAGCAGUAACAUACACAGAUGUUGUACAAUGUUCUAUAAUGUUGGUCGGUGGUGUCAUUUUAGCUGGUUUGGCAUUUGGGAAAGUUGGUGGUGAAGGUACAUUGUGGGAUCGAUUUGCGAAGCUUUAUGGCACCCUGAAUGACAAUAGCAAUAUGAAGAUGAUGGGUAACAUUACGAUGAUGGGUAAUAUGACGAUGGGUAAUAUGACGAUGAUGUGUAACAUGACGAUGGGUAAUAUGACGAUGAUGGGUAAUAUGACGAUGGGUAAUAUGACAAUGAUGACAACAUGUAAUAAAUCAAUUGACACUGGCUGUUUCAGCAUGACUCCAUACUGGGGUAAUAUGUUUCGUCCUGCGAGUGAUCCUGAGUAUCCAUGGAUUGGUCUGUGGGUUGCUUUGCCCAUCAUUGGCGUAUGGUAUUGGUGUACAGAUCAAGUUAUUGUACAGCGUUCUUUAGCUGCUAGAAAUAUUGUACAUGCUAAAGGAGGCAGCAUUCUUGCUGGUUUUCUUAAAGUACUUCCUAUGUGGAUUAUGGUCAUGCCUGGAAUGAUAGCCCGUGUCUUGUACCCAGACACAGUUGGUUGUUCUAGUGCUGAGUCUUGUCAUAAAGCAUGUGAAAAUGAGCUGGGAUGUACAAAUAAAGCAUAUCCUGAAUUGGUUAUGAACAUUCUUCCUGUUGGAAUGGUUGGUCUCAUGAUGUCUGUAAUGUUAGCAGCUGUAAUGUCGUCUCUUUCCUCCGUAUUUAACAGUUCAAGUACCAUAUUCACAAUUGAUAUUUGGACAAAAUUCAUAAGAAAGCAGGCCAGUGAAAAAGAAAAAGUAAAUGUUGGUAGAAUAGUUGUGGGUGUUCUUGUUGUCCUUGGUGUUUUAUGGCUUCCUCUUAUAGAUCGUGGAGGCGGUGGACGUCUUUUCAAAUACCUUCAAACUAUCCAAAUGUACAUUGGUGCUCCCGUCAUGGCUGUAUUUGCUGCUGGUAUACUGUGGCAUCGUGCAAAUGAAGCUGGAGGACUCGCAGGUCUUGUAUAUGGUAUAAUACUCGGCUCAGCAAGAUUUAUUACUGAAUAUGUUUAUGAAGCACCAACUUGUCAUGAAGAAGACCUAAGACCUUUAUUUGCCAGGAUGAAUUUCAUGUAUUUUGGUAUUAUUCUCUUUUUCACAUCUCUCGUCGUCAUUAUUGUUGCAAGCUACCUAAGGCCCGCCAUUGAGCUCGACGACUUAGCUGGACUUACAUGGAAAACGAUACACAAUAAGAAAGAAGUUGAUCCAGAUGAAUAUGAACUUGCUCCACGUCAAGGGAAUAAUGUCAAGAAUGGUAAAGUUGUCAUGGUGUCGAGUAAAGGUGACUACAGUCCAAGUAUGUCCAUGAUUGAAAAUGGUCAUGUGACCAGAAGCACAUCCGAAGAAGAUAUUUUACACGAAACACGCCGAGAAAAAAUGAUUCUUACAGCUGGAACCGUAGGCUUGUUGAUUACACUUCUUAUUGUGUGGGUUUACUAUAGAUAGAUGUUUGGUGCUAACGUUUGACAAACGAUUUGCAUGGAGGAUUUUGUUUUUUUAUAAUCAAGAAAUGGUCGGAAUUGAAGUAUGUGGUCUUAGUGGCAUAGCUUUAGCUAGAACCUCAACUGGGGGAAAGGGGGGGCGGAUAUUCAUAUAAACAGGAUAUGCCGUAUUAAGUUCCUUCGAAAUCUAUUGUUUUCAGUCGAUUGUAGCAUUCAUUCAUGAAUAUUUCCCUCCCCCCCUUCUCUCCAAUCAUCGCGCUGAUGGCGCUACUGUCUUAGUGGUAAAUCUAGUUUAUAAUUAAAUAUUGAUAUUUACAUUUGAUGUAACAGAUAUAGCUUGUGUUGUAAAUAAAUCGAUGUCAAUAAAGCACAACUAAA